CAAACAACCACCACGACAUUAGGAGUACAGCUGUUAUUCCGGGGGCAGUUGACUGAUCAGGCCCAAUGGCUCUGUUCAAAUCUGGCUGGCUCUGGAGACAGACUUCAGUCCUCAAACGAUGGAAGCUGAACUGGUGUGACCUGUGGAUAGAUGGCAGCUUUGUUUUUUACCAAACUGAAUCCAGAAGAGACUACGAGGCCAAAGUGAAUCUGAAAGCCACCUGUGUGAAUGUGAAAUCUGGACUGGAGUGUCCAAGUGUAUGUCCACCUGAGAGUCACCCCAGAGAGAAUCUGCUGGUUGUUUUUCUGAGGGAUGGUAACACGCUGGUCCUGUGCGCCAACAGUGAAGAUGAGGCAUUGGCCUGGAAUCUCACACUCAUGGAGGCAAAAAGAAAUCCUGUUCUCACAUACAAUCCUUAUGACGAUACAUACCAGACCGUUCCAGUUAACAGUCAUAAUGCGGUUUACAUCAUGCCAAGUACAGGUAGUGGAGGGACUCAGCAUGUCUGGGUACACAGAGACUCUUGUGAUGACAAUUUCGGAGAGCAGAUUGCAUUGGGUCUCCUGGCUGGAAUUGCUGCAGGUGCAGCAAUGCGUUCACUUUUAUGGAUGCCCUUCUGGUUCUGCUGAAGACCGAUCAGAUAGAGGGAUGAUAACUGGAAAAAGUGAGAGAACAGACUGGAAGAGCCAUCCAUAAACCUCAGCCAUAGCAAAUGCUCUUGUUCCUGCAUAUAAACAUGUAAAUAUGAGAAUAGCUGCAGCUGAUUUAAACUCAUGAAGUGGUCAAUCAGUGUGCAAAAGAGAGAUACUUCUUUUUCAGUUGUUUACAGUCUAAAGAAAACAAUCCUAUUUUAGCUGCUCAUAUUUAUCAGGACAAGAUUUAGCAACAGAUUUUUCUGUAGAAUAUCAAUAUAUAUAUAUAUAUAAAACUACAUAAUUUUGCACACAGCUAAUGAUUUUUUUUUUUGCUCUGUGUAUAGUGUACAUGUAAAGCUUUGCAAACAAGUUUAAGAUUAU